AUGUCUCUCCUCCCCGAGCCCUUCGCGAGCAUCCCUCGUGAGAGCUUCCUCUUCGGCCCGUCCCCCAUCGAGCCCCUCCCCCGCAUAUCCGCUGCCCUAGGCGGCAAGGUCAACGUCUACGCGAAGCGCGAGGACUGCAACUCCGGCCUGGCAUACGGCGGCAACAAGACCAGGAAACUCGAGUACCUCGCCUCCGACGCCCUCGCCCAGGGCUGCGACACACUCGUCUCCAUCGGCGGCGUACAGUCCAACCACACGCGCCAGGUCACCGCCGUCGCCGCCAAGCUCGGCCUCAAGGCCGCCCUCGUCCAGGAGAAGUGGGUCGACUGGGAGGACCCCGUCUACGACAAGGUCGGCAACCUCCAGCUGUCGCGCCUCAUGGGCGCCGACGUGCGCCUCGACCCCUCAAAGUUCGGCAUCGAGCAUAAGAACACCGUCGCCAACCUCAAGGAGGAGCUGCUCGCCGCCGGCCGCAAGCCCUACUACAUCCCCGCCGGCGCCUCCGACCACCCCCUCGGCGGUCUGGGCUUCGCCCGCUGGGCCUUUGAGGUCGAGGCCCAGGAGAAGGAGCUCGGCGUCUUCUUCGACACCAUCAUCGUCUGCGCCGUCACCGGCUCGACAAUGGCCGGCAUGGUCGCCGGCUUCAAGCUCGCCCAGAAGAACGGCUCCCCGAAGCGCAAGGUCAUUGGCAUCGACGCCUCGGCCACCGUCAAGCAGACGUUUGACCAAAUCCUGCGCAUCGCCAAGAACACGGGCGUCAAGAUCGGCCUCGAGGAGGGCGACAUCACCGAGGAGGACAUCAUUCUGGACGACCGCUUCCACGGCGGCAUCUACGGCGUGCCGGACCAGGUCACCAUUGACGCCAUCAAGUUCGGCGCCAGCACCGAGGGCUUCAUCACCGACCCGGUCUACGAGGGCAAGAGUCUGGCGGGUAUGAUGCAGCUGAUCAAGAACGGCGAGAUUCCGGCGGGAAGCAAUGUCCUGUAUGCCCACUUGGGCGGCCAGUUGGCGCUGAACGCCUACUCUGGCAUGUAA